AUGUCUGAGGAUCACGUUCUUGAAAGAGUGGGAACCAAACGACCCCGAUCUCUUCCAAUUACUUCGGGUAUAGCUCCAAAGAAUGACGGAGCAGGUUCUCCAGUAUUGUUAACCCCACGAACUCCAUUACCUUCAAUCCGAAAGUCAGCUUUUCAUUCACCAUCAAGUUCUACUGGUAACAACACACAGAACACCACACCCAGUACACCAACUGUAAAGCCGCUUGUUGGCGGUGUACAAGGAUGUACUCGUUUAACUAAGUGGAGUUCACUGCUCUGCGAUGCACUUAUGCAAGAACGCAAGAGGGAUGAAGAAACACGUAUUAGCGCAUUGUCAUUACGUAUCGCAACUGCUAUUCCAGGUGACAGGUCAAUUGCUGCAGAUAGCUUUCGUGUUCUUUUGGUGAAUCUAAAGGAUGCGAAAAACACUAAGCUGCGAAAUGAUAUUGUAGAGGGUCGGCUGCCGGUAGAGGUAUUAGUGCAGAUGAAGGAAAGAGACUUAUUAAACCCUGAAGAACGAAGAAAUCAGGAGGCAGCUUUUUUGGAACGGAGUAGAGAUACUGAUUUAUCAGAGAUACGAAAAGCAACGGCUACCAAGUCAACACUUUUUCAGUGUCCUUCCUGCAAGGCAAGAGAUUGUACAUGGACACAGAGGCAAACACGCUCAGGAGACGAGCCUAUGACAGUCUUCUGUCAAUGCAAUAUUUGUGAUCAUAAGUGGAGACGUUACUGA